GAAAGCCAUUAACCAACUGAAUUUUAUUUGCCGCCAUUUCCAACAGAAAGAAGAGUUUAUUAUUAACUAACUGAAUUUCAUCCCCCUUGAGAUUCCGUUCUGUAUAUUUUACAUAAGAAACCGCUCAUAUUUCGUCCACCUUCAGAGAUUCCAAAUUUAUUACAGUAGAAGAAAAGCUCAAGAACCAACAAGUUUUAUUCUUUGGCUUAUAAUCCAUGGCGGACAUUCAGAGGUGCAGGGUCUUCGUUGUCGCCGUUCUGUUCAUCCUCUACGUGUUGAUCUUCUUCAUUCGUCUGAGAAUGGUAAUCAGAAACGGAAGAACUAUCGACACAGACGAAAUGGUGAUCAGAAAAGGAAGAACUAUUGACACAGACGAAACUCAAUUUGAUCUUUUGUUUCUGCAAUCAUUACCAAUGGAGAAAACACAGUAUGAAGCUCCAGCUGAUGAACCACUGAAAUCUCUGAAUCAAAGUCGAUAUCAUCUCGUCUCUUUGGCAUCAGCAAAUCCACCAUCAGUUUCACCACCACCGCUCUCAACCACGGCCGAUGACACCACAUAUCCACCACCACCACCACCACCAUCAUCGCUGCCACUCUCUACCACGGCAAUGUCACCACCACCACCUCCGCCACUAUCACUGUCGCAGCGACAAAUCCAAGAACAGCAACUGACAGCCAUCUUAGAGGCAUUAAUUGGAGCAGGAGAUUUCGUGGGGUGGGCGAAUUUGUUAUCCUCAGCAGACUUAUCGUCUCUCCCUGUCGCUGCUACAUUCUUCAUCCCUGGAAAUGAUGCCAUGUCAAAUCAUCUUGGUGUACAAAACUUAGACCCGUUAUUAAUCCCUUAUCACAUAAUCCCACAACGCCUUACUUUCACCGAUCUCCUACAGUUCAAACCAAACACUCAUAUCCCAACUCUCUUGCCUUCCAAAUUCCUCAUCGUUACAAGCAAUUCGUUAUCCAAUUUCACCAUCGAUGGGUCUUUAAUCACUUACCCUGAUCUUUACGUAAAUCCUGCUUUCACAGUUCAUGGUGUUGAUAAAAUUCUUGAAUACACUGUUUACAGUACUGAUCCACCUAUUAACAACACUGUACCUGAUGUUGCUGCUCCUAGUCCACCAUCAAAGCCGAAAUCUGUGUUGCCAGCAGUUUUUCCUGCAGGAGGAGUAAGGGGUUUUGUUGAUAGUGCUGAUUCAAAUACUCCAUUGGCCAUUGAGAAGUUGAUGAUAUUUUCUGUUCUUUUGGGUGUUAGUAGUAGUAUCUUUUGGCUGUAGUAAGAACUUUACAUUACAUUGUGAGAUAAAGAGAAUAAAAUAAUGA